AUAGACAGUGAAAAUGAAAUUACUUGCACUGUUUGCUAUAUUAGACAUCGUUCUGUGUAUACAACAUGGUGCAGAUGUAACAGAUAUAACGCAAUAUCCAUUUUAUAUCAUGAUUGGCAAUCCACACAUCUGCGGUGGAACCUUAUUGUCGUAUGAUCCUCCUCUCGUUUUGACAUCUGCUCAUUGUAUUGCCGACGCCGAAUUUCAUCCAUCGGAUAAAUCAAGGUGGAAUCCUUACUUCGUUAAUUAUAACAAUGUCUAUCGCGACAAACAAAAAUCCAUGUCCAUCAUUGACUGGUCUGUUCAUCCUUUAUACAACGUAUCCAAUAAUGUCAAUCAGAACUACGAUGUGGCUAUCGUCCGCUUGGCUAAACCACUGACACAGUCUUCCAGAAUAAAGCGAGUACCCCUCUGGUCCCCUUCUACAUCUUCAUCCACACCCAAGCGAGGCGAGUUGGUGGGUUUUGGCUACACUGGAUUAGACGAGCCCGAGUCACCCAUUUUAAAGCGAAUGCAAUUAGAUAUCACACGAUUUCAAGUCAACGGAAGUUUUAAUAUCGAGGCAAGGACCGAUAUGGAAUCACGGAUUGCCUGCCACGGGGAUUCUGGUAGUCCUCUGAUUGUCUACCAAAGUGUUCUAAAUCCAGCUACAAAUAAACAUGAAACAGUGCCGUUUGUAGCAGGGAAUCUAGCCAGGAUCUUUGGAGCGCACGAUGCAGGUCCUAAUCGGUUGACCUGUCCCAUUCCUCAUAAACCUGAUCAUAAGGACGAAGCCAGUGUGGUGUUACCGUAUCAUAAAGCGAAUUAUGUGCCCGCCAGUCAACGACCGCAAAACAAUGUGAUCGAAAGCUUCUGUAAUGUAUCCGUGAUGCUGGAUUGGAUCUCCAAAGUGACAGGAAUUUCCAAGCAGAAUCUAUCCGACCCAUUUUAUGAGCCACCUUGUGCUGACUGUCCAUCCCAUGAUGAUAGAGAGGAAGACGAUAGUCAAGGUAACUUACAUCUUCUUGAAUGGCGUAUCGGGGUCAUGACGGGCUUUAUGAACUCACAUUUAUGGAUAGGUGGGAUGAACCAAGACGAUUUCUCGGUACAGGCUGUACCGGCUGCAUCAAGUACUCCAUCUACAUUUCAGCAUCCACACGCUUCUUCAUUUGUAUUAUUUAUUACCCUUUUUCUUUUCUCU